AUGAGUGUAAUGGUGUGCCCGUCCGAUCUGACGCUAAUUGGAGACGAGCUGUCCAUCGGUGAUGUCAUCCGCGAUAUCAUCCGGAUGGGCCCGCACGAGGAACCGCUCCAUGUGCUCGAUCUGGACGAUGUGGUGCUGAAGCACUACGGUUGGUGCGCGAAGAUGCCACGCGUCAAGCCGUUCUACGCGGUCAAGUGUAACGAUGAUCCGCGCAUCCUGCAGACGCUGCACAUGCUCGGUGCCGGGUUCGACUGUGCGUCGAAAGGGGAACUCGAGCGUAUCCUUGGGCUGGGCGUGGAUCCGGACAACAUCAUCUUUGCGCAGCCGGCCAAAUCGGUACCGUCGCUGCUGUACGCCCGCUCCAAGCAGGUGCUCACGAUGACGUUCGAUGGUGCGGUCGAGCUGGAGAAGAUCCAUCGGCACUAUCCCGAGGCCCACCUGGUGCUGCGCAUACGGCACGAUUCGCAGAAGGUCCGGUGCUCGCUGGGUAAGAAGUUCGGUUGCGAGCCGGUACGGGAUGGUCCGGAAUUGCUACGAUACGCGGCGGAGCUGGGGAUGAACGUGGUCGGCAUUAGCUUCCACGUCGGUUCGGAUUGUGAGGAGCACGAGGUGUACUACGAUGCGGUGCAGGUGGCCAAGGGACUGUUCGAGUACGCCAAAACGCUCGGCUAUAAGCUGACGGUGCUCGACAUUGGUGGUGGCUUCCCGGGGGAUAACAACAAACCGCUCGAUCGGUUUGCGGUGGCCGUCAAUGCGGCUAUCGAUCGGUUCUUCCCGGCGGAUUGUAACGUGCGCAUCAUGGCGGAACCGGGACGGUACUACGUGGCAUCGGCCGUCACGCUCGUUUCGUUCGUUGAGUCGAAGCGUGUAGUGAAGGAGGUGCAGGAGGAGGAUGGUACCGAGUGUACGAUCAUGCACUACUACUUAAACGACGGUGUGUUCGGAACGUUCUAUACGACCGCACACGAGGCACAACCGGCGAUACCGAUUGUGGCGCGCAAACCGGGGGCCACCGAGUAUCGGUCGAUGGUUUGGGGACCGACCUGCGAUUCGGUUGAUUUGAUCCUGAACGACUGGAAGCUGCCGGAGCUGGAGCUGGGCGAUAGUGUGGUGUUUGAGAACUGUGGCGCUUACACCUCGGUACUGUCCUGUCGCUUCAAUGGCUUUGCCCUGCCGAAGGUGGUUGCGUACCUGCGUGAAGAAACCUGGAAACUACUGCAAGACAUGAUUGCCGCACCUGCCUCUAGCACACCAGAACCGGUGGACAGCAGCACGGUGGAGGGUAAACUGCUGGUUACGCACGAAGCCUUUACACCAUUGGCCGAAGCGGCCCUUUCCGUCUGA